UACGACAAUAGACAAUGCUACUGUUGUCGAGUCGUACAAUUUAGCCUAAUUUACGACUUACGCAAUGAGUCUGAUUAUCUAUUUUACAUCCACUGGAUACUGUUUGCAAGUGUUUUCUAACCAGACGUUUUCGCAUUCACAACAUCUGUUUUUUGUGUCUACCGCAUCUACUCAAUUUUAGAGUAACGUAAAGCUGGUUUUCACUAUGGGCUUGUUCGAGAUGCAAUCACAAUCGCAGUGUUGCGCGAAUUAUUCAUGCCUAUUAUGGUAUCCGACAGAUGGUUGCGGAGGGAGUUUUACUCACUUUUGACAGAAUUUGCUAUUAUCGAAAACGCUCGAUAAUGCAGUUUGCGGAUGAGUCAAAAGAGGUUAAUGCAGUUUGCGAAUGAAAUAAAAAAGUGGCAUCAUUGAAAACGCAUCCGAUCCGUGAUUCGUACAAAUUUCUCUAUCUGUCAUUCACGCGCCAUUGUGCUGCGGAUACUAAAAACGAUAAGAUGGAUAGCAAUAAAAUGAAGCGUACAACGACCAGGGAGCAAUUUAAAUGUUUAGUUUCCAAAAUGAAGGAGCAUCCGGACAUAGCAAAAAAUUUUACUAAAAAUGCACCUGAUUUGGUAGAAAGAUUUUGGGAAAGUGUGCGAGAGGAGUUGAAUUCGAUUGGACCGCCAUCAAAAACCAUUGCCGAAUGGAAAAAGGUUUGGUCGGACUAUAAAUCGGCGAUAAAGAAGAAGCUCGCGCAUAACAAAAGAGAGCUACAAGCGACUGGUGGAGGAGUAAAUAGGGAAAUUCCCUUAACAUCUAUGGAAGAAGAAGUUGCUACCCUUGUGUGUCUUAAUGAUUGCGUUGGUGGUAUUAGAAACUCCAAACAGUUUGGAGUGCCACAGGGGAGAAAUUAUGAUGACGCAGUUCCAUCUACAUCGAGAAAUGUUCCACAGAUGAGAGCUUCUGCUACGAGAGAUGUACCGCAGGAGAGAAUAUCUGAGGACACUUCUCCACCUACUCGGAGAGAUUACGAUGGUAUUGAAGCUCAUGAAGACGUAAAUAUUGAGAAUGACCAAAAUAUUUCUAACCAAAGAAGAAAAAAGAGACCCGAGCAAUUCGAUUUAUUAGAGAAGCAAAUAGGGGUUCAAGAAAGACUGUACGAAAAAGUGUCUGAGGCUGUUGAGAACCAACAGGAAUAUUUUCAACACAUGAGGGACCAUUUAAAAAGACUGAAUAGAUCAGUAGAGAGGCUAGGCGACCAAAAAAAGAAAAAUAAUGAAAUUCUUCAGAAUACUCUUGAAUAGAUUAAAAGACAUAACGCUGUGAUGCAAAAGGCUGCUAUUGAAAAAUUAAGAUUAAAAAGGGAACUUUUAAAUAUUGAGUUAAAUAACGUCAACAGACACCUUAAUUCUUAAAAUAAGUGGGACCUGGCAAUUUUUUUAUGAGAUUUUUUUUUUUAUUUUAUAUUGGAUUUUUUUUUAUGACUGAAGUGCCUGAAUACUUUCUGAACAUGAAGGCUUUAUUAUUAAGUUUUUUUUCUGUUUUUGAAAAUACUGUGUAUGUUAACCAAUGAAGUGAUAUGAUUUUAUUUUUAUCUACAUCCUUAGUGUGUAGACAACUUUGUGCAACACUUUGCCAGGAAGGCUUUUUACUUAAAUAUUAAGAAAUAUGUAUCAAAAUGAAUUUUGUGAUAAUAAAUAAUUUUAUUUUACAAAAAGCUACGUAACAUCUCAUUGCGAAUUUGAGUUGCUUCAUUUGUAUAUCGUUGAGGUUGUACAGGUUCGCCUACAUAUUCAUCGGGUUCGUAGACUUCCUCCUGGUAUUCGUCGGAAAUAUUAUAAUGUAUUCGAAUGUUGUGAAGUGCUGCCGCAACGUUUACAAUUUGAACCACUUUCUCAGGAGCAUAAUGUAGUUGGCGAGCAGAAAGGAGACAUCGGCACCAGUUCUUCCAAACGCCUAUGGUCCGUUCAACAAUAUUACGGCCUUUACUAUGGCUUUUAUUAAAUCUGCUUUCUGGACUAUCAACGCCUGCACUUCGAAAGGGUGUUAUAAGCCAGGGUAACAGUGGAUAUCCAGACUCACCUAUGGAAGAUCGA